AUGGCUUCGUCGCUUCGCCACAAGGUUCUCUUCGUCCUCGGCGGCCCGGGCGCCGGGAAGGGCACGCAAUGCGCCAAGAUCGUGGCCCAGUACGGCUUUGUGCAUCUCUCGGCUGGCGACUUGCUCCGCGAAGAGCGCGCGUCGGGCAGCGAGAACGGCGACAUGAUCGACCGCAUGAUCCGCGAAGGCGCGAUCGUGCCCGUCAAGGUGACGCUCGACUUGAUCCGCAAGGCGAUGCUGGCGAGCGGCCGCGACCUCUUCCUCAUUGACGGCUUUCCGCGCAACUUUGACAACCUCACGGGCUGGAACGACGAGAUGACGGACGUCGACGUCGCGGGCGUCCUCUUCUACGACUGCCCCGAAGACGAGAUGGAGCGCCGUCUCCUCGAGCGCGGCAAGACAAGCGGCCGCACCGACGACAACAUGGACGCGAUCCGCAAGCGCUUUGCGACAUACACGGAGUCGACGAUGCCGAUCAUCAACCACUUUGCGGCGCAGAACAAGGUGUUCCACAUCCUCGCGACCUCGACGCCGGACGCGGUCUUUGAAGAGACGAAGAAGGCGAUCGAGCCGAUCGUGUCGCAGCACCUCGUCGCUACGACGCAGGUAUAAGCAGGCCAAUAUACGACACAUCCGACCACCGUGUCCUUCCUUAGCGUCUUCUCAACGCUGUGUUUCAAAACGACUUUGCGACCUACCGAGCGCUCUGCGACGACAAUAUCUCGGCCAUCGAGCCGCAGUCCAUGGGCCACGUCGUCGAGGGCAUGCAAUUCCACGAAUUUUACUUCAAGAACCAAGGCCGCGGCGGCCUCGGUGUGGCGAGUGUCUGCCAGGCGAAUGUUGUCGAUGCGCAUGUCAAGCUCCUUGGCGACACAGCGAUCGUGUCGUUUGCCAACGUCAUCCAGUCGGCGUCCGAGCCGUCGGUGGUGUACAUGGAGACGCGCGUGUGGCACCGCGAUGCGACCACGGGUGCGUGGAAGAACGUCCACUUCCACCGGUCCGCCAAGUAACACUCCACCGGUCUUCCAAGCCACACCUCGCACAAAACGCUGGAGCACGAGACAAUAUUGUCGUUUGUGACAAAAUGUAUAUACACAUUGCAGC